AUGUCUGAAAGUUCCGCCAUUUUCUCUAUACGCUUAGUUAUAGCAGAUUUUUAUAUGGAGAAGCCGAUAUUUGGCCUAGAUCCUUGUUACUCCGAACUACGCGGCAAAGAAAUUAAGCGCGUGCCUAUUGUACGCGUGUUUGGCGCCAAUGCUGAUGGCCAAAAAACUUGCAUGCACGUGCACGGUGUAUUUCCAUAUCUCUACAUACCGUACGAUAAAAAGGAUUUUGAGUCUUUGGAACGUGGUAUAUUACAAAUAGCUAUCCAAUUAGAUAAAGCAAUCAACAUUUCCCUGGGGCAGGGAAGCUCAAAUGCGCAGCAUGUUUUUAAAAUACAACUAGUGAAGGGCGUUCCCUUCUAUGGCUACCAUCGUACCGAGCAUCAGUUUCUUAAAAUCUACAUGUUUAAUCCGCGAUUUGUGCGACGUGCCGCCAAUCUGCUUCAAAGUGGAGCCAUUCUCAGCAAGAACUUCAAUCCUCACGAGUCGCACGUUCCUUACAUAUUGCAGUUCAUGAUCGAUUACAAUCUGUACGGCAUGAGUUAUCUGCAUGUGCCGGUAGAGGUUGCCAAAUUUCGGCGCACUAGCGAUGACGAAACUGUGCCAUACCCGAAAAUUAACCCUCAGCAGUUGCUAGACCCAUCGAGAGUCAAGAAAGUGGCCUGCAGCGCGUUGGAAUUGGAUAUUAAUGCGAACUUUAUACUCAAUCGAUUCCAAAUAGUUACCAAUAGCAAUACAAAGCACACAAAUCCAGGUAUUGAAGCUAUUUGGAUGGAUGAGCACGUGCGUCGCCAAAAGUUAGCUCAAACCUAUGUUGGGGAUCCGGAGAAACUCAAUGGGCUCCCACCUCUAGAGUUGCCGCCAACACAACCGCGCACCCUUGUAGAACCGGCUGAGAGUGACAUUUUCUAUCGUACAGCGCUGCAGAGUAAGCUUUUGGCCUUGGAACAAUCAGUAACAUCGGGCAGCGGUCCUCAAACAUCUGACCUUACCUUGGACAGCACCAUACAAGCACAGGUCAGCAAUCUUACCCUACAUACAUCCCUGCCAAUUCAGAACGCCAGUGCCAAGGAGCAAAGACGUACAUUUAAUUUGCAAAAGCUAUUGGCAAAUUCCGUUUAUCCAGAGGAAUGCACACAAGCACAAAAGCAACUUGUUAAUGCUUCGUUCAUUCAAAAUCAUGUCUCAAAUAGCAGCAACAGCAGCAUACUCAGCAUUUCGCAUGCCCAGAACGAUGAUACAGCCUAUCUUGAUGACACCCUUGUGGACGAAGAGCUGGAACAAUUAAAAUCUCCAGUGUCGGUGCCGCUUGAUUCUACCUUUAGCGCGCAGGACUUGCAGCUAUUGGAUGCGCUCCAGCAACUAGAGGAGGAGAAUGCAAAUGAGCCGCACAUUGACUUGGAUAGUUCGUUGGCGCCGUUGACGCAAACCCACAAAAACUUUGAGCUAACGCCUGAGCUGCUGGACAAGCAAAUUGUGGAAGUUGCUGGAAACAAACCGCAUUCAGACGCAAGUAGCGAUAGCGAAGAGGAGACUGCUGCAGGAAAUUUGCACGAUUUUUCAACGGCGUUAGAUGAUAUAGAUGAGUUAUUGCUAAAGCUAACACAGAGUCAACAAUCCAGUCAGCACCAGAAGCAACAAAAAUCAGAUGAAAUGCCGCAAAUGGAUGGCGCCGAUGAUUUGCUGCAACGCACACCCAAAAAGAAGAUUGCAACUAAACAAAAAACACCACCACAUACGCCCAUUACACCCAAAGGCCACAACAACUUGCAGUCACCACGAACGCCAAAAUCUAGUGCCGCUAAAAAAUAUGCUGCAUUGCCACUUAUAUUUACAAGCAAGUCGGCGCAGAAGAACGAACUUAAUGGCGUGUCAGCCCCACGAAUGCCUAACACCCGACUCAGUCUGCAGUUAGAUGCCGAUUCGCAGUCAAAAAGUUCAAAAUGUUCACUGCGAAAAAAGCUGGCUAUAAGCGAAUUGCGCCGAAAGAGUGUCGAAGAGUUAGACAGUGCGCGUCAGGAAAAUGAAAAAACACCAAUACGUCGCAGCACCAGAGUGCGAAAUUUGGAUAAAACUCACAUCACCUGCUCGCUAACACCGCGUAAUAAGAACCCGCGCAUUUCUGACGUUUUCCUGACUGUGGGAACAUCAUCGUCUUUAGAGUCAAUUGACGAAUGCAUUAAUCCAUCAGAGGUAGGGCCUCGUCGCAGCGCUCGAAACCGUUCUAAACACAAGGAAAAAAACGUUAAUAUGAGCAGUCAAGCAACUGCAAAGUGUGUUAUCGCUGAAAAUUCGAUUCCAGCAUCCGUUCUUAACUCCGCAGAGGACGCUGAGGUAGUAAGCACCCACAUCAGCGAGGAUGAAGCCAUUGUAUCCGAUACAGAGAGCGACGUUUCAACAGUUAAGCUGCGCAAGACGCCAAACUUAAGACGUUUACGGCGUAGCUUUCGUGAAACGCUGCUUGCUAAAUGUCAAGCUGCUUCAUCACCCACUGUCCUCACAGAAGCAUCACCGCAUUUUCCGGUUGAGAAAGAACAAGCACGUACUUCAAACUCUAAUCACAUGGAACCAUGCACCCCUACAGCCAAAAACUCAGCCUGCACACCCGAUCUUAGCCCAACCAGCGAAGAAGGGAACGCAACACCCUCACUUAUGACAAGUUUCUAUGAGCACUCAAUUCUUAUUAACAGUCCAUCGGUCUUUAGCGACGAUUUGGGCAGUCCUCGGCCUCAGUCCCAACCUAUUGAGUCCAAAUCCGAGUGUAGCUCUGCACUUCCCAAGUUAAGUGAUGGCAGCUCAACGACUUCCGCAUCUACGGGUGCAUUCGUUAUCACCCCACUGGAGCUGCCACCGUCAUUUAAGGAAGUGCUCCAAGGCUGUCGCAAGUUAGGCAUACACGAAUAUGAGUUUCAGCAACCAUUUUAUAGCAAUCCCGUUGACAUAAGCAAAAUGAAGGAAGUGGGAUUUCUGGUGCUGCAAAUAGCUGGUAAUAAGCUCAAUGAUUGCGAACAUUUCCAGAGCGUUGUAUCCAACGGGUUGGACGCAUGGCGCCGGAAACAGCUAAUAAAUAUAGCCGGUCCAACGAUGCUGCAACAUUUUCGGAACGAGCAACGCGUAUGCGAGUAUUUUAGCAGCUCUCAAAAAACCACCAUUGAACCGGUACAAAAUGCGCCUAGCAGGCAGGAUGCCAAAGUUUGGCUAAAGGCGAAAGAACUCCUAAAGCACAAGGGCGAACAGAUAGAGACGCAGCAACAGCGAGACAGUAACAAUGAUUUGGAUAGUCCGAUCAAAAUUAAACGACAAAAGGUUACCAUGAUGCUAAAUCCUGAUGGUAAUGGGGAUGGCGCAGGCAGUGGUGAUGAAGAUCUGAACUGUAGCGGACUAACCCUGACGCCCAUGACUCCAGGUACUCCACAUCUAUUAAAUAACAAACUGAACGAUACCUGCACCCCAGUAUCUAGCAGGGAACAUUUGAGACCACGCCAGCGGCGCUCCAGACGCGUAGCUAACAAAUUGAGUUUCAAGGCACAGGACAAGCAGCUGCAGACCGAACAUGCAGAGGAAUUGCCGGGCAGUAGCCAGAAUAGCGUGAAAUCCAGUCAAUCGCUUUCCAGCGAACAGAGCGCAACUAGCAGUGCAGCGUUGGCUGAACUGGAACGCAGCUCCUUUGCCCGCCAAGUGCAAAGUUCCGGGGAAGGCGGCCUGAACAUGCACGAGCUCAGCUUCGGUCUCAGCCACGCUACCUUGAAUAACACAUUUGGCUUCAAAGUCAACCUGGAGAAUUUGCAACAAGCCAAGGCGGAUAUUGAGUGCAACUAUUUAACCACCAUAACCCUGGAGCUGUUUGUGCCUACGCGUGCGGAUUUAAUGCCGGAUCCGCAGAGGGAUGAAAUACGUUGUCUAUUCUAUGCCAUUGACCAUAGCAUGCCGUUGACAUCGGAGACAUCCAUACAGAAGCUGCCCAACAAGGCUUGUGGCUACAUUAUAGUCAACGAUGCGAGCGAUAUAAUCAGUGAGGGUUAUAUACAUGGCAUCGAUGCGGACAUUGAACUGCAAGUUGUGGGCAAUGAGUCAGAAGCCUUUGAGGCGUUACUCGCUCUCUGCGCACGCUGGGAUGCUGACAUAUAUGCGGGCUACGAAAUCGAAAUGGGUUCCUGGGGUUAUGUUAUAGAACGCGCCAAGUAUUUGUGCUUCAAUAUUGCGCCACUCCUAUCGCGAGUGCCAACGCAAAAGGUGCGAGAUUUCGUAGACGAAGAUCGGGAGCAGUUUACCGACUUGGAUGUGGAGAUGAAAAUCUGUGGUCGCAUAUUGUUAGAUGUGUGGCGACUAAUGCGCUCUGAGAUUGCGCUGACCUCGUACAGCUUUGAGAACGUCAUGUAUCAUAUUUUGCACAAACGUUGUCCCUGGCACAGUCACCAGAGUCUGACGAACUGGUUUGCCUCAUCCUGCACCCGAUGGAUUGUUAUUGAGUAUUAUUUGGAGCGUGUGCGCGGCACUCUGGCGCUCCUUGACCAGCUGGACCUGCUCGGACGGACCAGCGAAAUGGCCAAGCUUAUUGGCAUACAGUUCUAUGAGGUGCUAUCGCGUGGCUCACAGUUUCGGGUGGAGAGCAUGAUGCUACGUAUUGCCAAGCCCAAGAAUCUGGUUCCGCUUUCUCCGAGUGUACAGCAGCGAGCGCAUAUGCGCGCCCCGGAAUAUCUAGCUCUGAUAAUGGAGCCUCAAUCACGUUUCUAUGCUGAUCCCGUGAUUGUGCUGGACUUUCAGAGCUUGUACCCGAGCAUGAUAAUUGCCUACAACUAUUGCUUCUCCACUUGUCUCGGUCGUGUGGAGCAUUUGGGCAGCUCUACGCCCUUUGAGUUUGGUGCAUCGCAACUGCGUGUCUCGCGCCAAAUGCUGGAUAAGCUAUUGGAACGGGAUCUGGUCACAGUCUCGCCUUGCGGGGUCGUCUUUGUGAAGGCUAGUGUGCGGGAAGGUAUCUUGCCGCGUAUGCUCAGUGAAAUUCUGGACACACGUCAGAUGGUGAAGCAGUCGAUGAAGCUCCACAAGCAGAACACGGCACUUCAGCGUAUCCUGCACUCGCGCCAACUGGGUCUCAAGUUGAUGGCCAAUGUAACGUAUGGGUAUACGGCGGCAAACUUUAGUGGACGCAUGCCAGCCGUCGAAGUAGGCGACUCGGUGGUGGCCAAAGGACGAGAAACGCUGGAGCGUGCCAUCAAGCUGGUUGACGCCAAUGACAAAUGGAAUGUACGUGUUGUUUAUGGCGACACAGACUCCAUGUUUGUCCAUGUCCCUGGACGUAAUCGUGCGAAAGCCUUCGAAAUUGGCGCAGAAAUCGCCGAGGCAGUCACCAACAUGAAUCCUCAGCCGGUGAAAUUGAAGCUGGAGAAAGUCUAUCAACCAUGCAUUCUACAAACGAAGAAACGCUAUGUCGGCUAUAUGUACGAGACACCCGACCAAACGGAACCUGUCUACGAGGCCAAAGGCAUUGAAACGGUGAGGAGGGACGGCUGCCCAGCGGUGGCCAAAAUGUUAGAGAAAGUGCUGCGCAUACUUUUCGAGACGGCCGAUGUGAGCAAGGUGAAGCAGUAUGUUUGUCGGCAAUUUACCAAAUUGCUCUCAGGUCGCGCCAAUCUGCAGGAUCUGAUAUUUGCCAAGGAGUUUCGUGGCCUGAACGGCUACAAGCCAACAGCCUGUGUGCCGGCCUUGGAAAUGACCCGGAAGUGGAUGCAAAAUGAUCCCAGGCGCAUUCCCCGACGCGGUGAGCGCGUACCCUUCAUAAUUAUCAAUGGACCCCCGGGCGUUCCACUAAUACGCCUCGUACGUAAUCCGCAUGAGCUGCUGGCCAACGAGGGCUACAAAAUCAACGCAAUUUACUAUAUAACCAAGGCAAUUAUACCGCCUCUAAAUCGUUGCCUGUUGCUUAUUGGUGCUGAUGUGAAUGAAUGGUUCACUAACUUGCCGCGCAAGCUACUCCUAACACCUGCCCUCUCGACUGCCAGCGAGCUGGUGAUGCAUAACAGCAACUCCAUCGCAACCGUCACGGCCAGCAAGAAAUCAACAAUUUCGCAGUACUUCUCCACAACCAAUUGCAUCAUUGAUUGCGGGCGUCACACAAAGGCGGGCAUUUGUGAUCAGUGCGCCAGGGAUGAGAGCAAGUGCGUGGUCACAUUGCAUGCAAAAAUGGGUAAGCUGGAGCGUGCUUAUCGGCUGACACAGCAGAUCUGUCAAUGCUGCUGUGGACGCGUCGGUGACUUGAAAUGCGGUUCGCUAGACUGUCCGGUUCUCUAUGUGCUAGAGGUAAAACGCCGGGAUCUACAGCAGAUUGGGCACUUGAGGAAUGUACUGGAGGAGCGUUUCUGACACAAACAGAGACGAAUACAACUUGUGAUAUUUCUACGUUUACUGCAUGUACACACGUUUAUUCAAUACAUAUACGCUUUCUAUAAAAACCUAA